UCAAUGGUGCCCAUAAAAUUUAAAAAAAAAAAUAGUACAAAAGAAACGAGAAAAACACAUGAUUCUUCUAAAUAAAUUUUUUAAUAUAAUGAGCCGCAUAAAAUGUUAUUCAUUCAGCAAGUAUGAAACUAGCAUCACUUGAUUUCUCAAGUUAUAUACUUAUAGCGCUCCAAAAGAUAAGGUUUCCGCACCGAACGAAGUCAAUCCUUACCCACCCAUGCGGAAACGGCCGGAUCACGGGUUCACACCGUGACAAACCUCCCCUAAAUUAGCCGUCCAAACACCAUACACGAGGUAGGACCCACCUAAUAAAACACACGUAAUCAGAUUAUACGGUAUCCGCUAAAACAAGCCAACCAUGCGAAACAUCUGACCACGCGGGAUCCAUCUGUAGGAAACGUCACCAAACCGAGGCUCCUCCGACGACGCUUCGCUACCUUCCAAAUACCCCGCCGCCCUCCAUUCCAUCCAUGACACGCGUCCAAUUCCUCCACGUUCGCACCGAAACCGUGUGCCGUGCGCACGCCUUCGUCCCCUGUUUCCGGUGGGAACGUAGCCGGAAAAAGGAAAUCAGUGGGUAUUUCCUAAUAAUUUAUCGUCUUUUCUCGGAGCCCCCGGUUUUGCCUUCCCAAAACCGUCUCCCUUCCUCUAAUAAAUUAUGGUCCCUCUACCUCUCUCGAACCCUAGCUUCACUGAGGGGGGAAAAAAGAAACUAAAGAGAAGAUGUGCCGCUCGACCACUGAGCUCGCCGAUCUCUUCCCCAAUCCGAAGGAGCGCGGCCGCCUCAAGAUCCGGGCCUUCUACCUCCGCCUUUCCCUCGCCGCCGCCUCCGUGGGCCACCGCAAGGCGCUGCCUCAAACGCUGACGCUGGUCUACAUUCCGAGGAUCAAUGAGGAUUUGAUCGAGGUCAAUGAUGCCAGGAUCCGGGCGGACGCGACGGCGAUCGUGGCGCUGCACCGGGUGCGGUCCGGGAAGCCGGCAGAAGAGGUGGCGUACGCGAGCAAUGACCGGGUGCGGGCCGGGGAGGGGCUGCGGUUCGAGGCGUAUGUCGGCGCGGAAAAGGCUCUGAAAGGGGUGUUCCGGCGGGUCGGCGGCGUCGGGUGUUGGAGAAUGGAGUGCCGGUGGGCGGCGGAGGCGGAGAUGGGGGUGGCGGCGGCGGAGGUGUGGGUGGCCGGGGAAAAUGGGGUGUUAAUGAGGGAGAAGGUGGAGAUGAGGUCGCCGAUGGCGGGGCAGAGGAGGAGUAGGGGGCGGAGGGGGUUCUGUUCGAAGCUGGAGGACAUACCGGAGGAAAUGGACGGCUGCGAUUGCUUUGAUUGUGAAGAAGUGGAGGGGUGGGAGGUGGUGCAAUCGGACGGUGCGGAGUCUGGGGAGGGGGAGGAAAUGAAGGGUGGGGAUGGGUUAGAGAUGGAAGGGGUGAGGUGGGCGGUGGAUUUGGGGAUUUGGGUUGUGUGUUUAGGGGUGGGGUUGUUGGUCUCCACGGCUUCUCGGAAAGCUGGGAGGAGGAAAAGCUUAAUCAGGAGCCCUUUUUCCUUUUAAAGAUUUUUAUUCAGAUGAGUCGCAAAGCGUCUUUUUAGAAAAGUUUUUUUAACAAUUUUGUACGCUAACUAUCUUGAUGAUGAUGUCUGUUUAUGCACGUACAUGUUUCUGUCCAAUUUUCAUUUUUCUUCUCCAGUCAGCAGCCAAAAUAGUUUGUACUCCUCCAAGAACAGCCGCAAGAAUGUUAAAAAAGGAAGAAUUUUUCUUGAAAAUAAUAAAAUUUCGUCUUGAUUCAAUCUUAUAAAAA